CGAACAAACGGACGGACUUGAGUACCUCGCAGUCGCGAAAAAAGUGCUUUGUCUACCAGAUCAUAUUCAUAAGGAAGGUGUUGUGGCAAUGGUACCUUCUCCACCACUCUCAAGAAGUGCUUUCCGCGUUUGUUUCUCCACGUGAAAAAGAAACCUACCUCCAAAGAGAGGAAGAAGAAGAAGACGAAGGCGAAAAAGAGGUCUGACGCCUGAGUCGAUUAAUCAGGUCGCCACACACGCCAAAGUGAGUGUACACAUAGAACUGGAGCCAAGAAUAUGUUAAUUAAUCAAACCAAGCCGUGCAUCUAGACCACCCCCCAAAGUGCAUCUUGUCAGUUCCCGGUGCCCACACGGCCAGCAUUUUCACUCAGGUUAAUUGUCGUACCUACCUCCUCCCUCCACCCUCUCCUCACUACUACAUACACUACAUCCAUGUGCCAGUUCUCACUGUCAGCUCCAUAAACGCGCGGUGUGAAGUCAACCAUUGUGCCAAGUUAUUGCUAUCCCGGCUAAUGGAGUGAGCGGUGGCUCCUUUGGCACUCCACGUUCAUUUAUCUCGCGCAUGGCGAUCUUCAGGUUCGUUUGUGUGUGGACCACCCGCUCCAAACCGAGAGGUCCUUUGAUGCGAUUAGGCAGUACAUAGACUAGUGUCCUUUGAGUCCUUUGGAGGCGAUCAUCGGUAUUCCAAAUAUUCAUAACGAGCAUCCCCUCUUUUGAGGGUGAAUGUGUUCUUAAGUGUAGUUUUGCUCACUCACCCUCAGUCCAAGUGUGUGUUUGGGCUGGCUCAAAUGUGUCGAUGAUAGUGCUGAAGAAAGGAGACCAAGAGUGGGGAACAAGAGUCGGAUAUUAGCCAUAAAAGACAUCCUUGACUCGAGGUGGGACAAAUCUUGUUCCAAGCGUGGAAGUGGGUUCGGAUCCCAAACUCAUAUUCAUUGUCUUGGAGUCUUGGAGUGUCGUAAAGAGAGCAGCCAACGAGAGUGCCACAAAACGGGUUCGUGUGGGGGAGGAAGAACCAGAAGAAGUGCUUGUAUUGCAAUUAUACCGUGAAACAAGGUCAUCCGGAUUAAUCUCGAGAUGGAGCAAUAAUAACAAUAAUCUCUCUUCUGUUGAACUUUGUGGAACAAUACCAAGUGGAUCCUACUCCAUUGGAUCCUUUGUCAGUUGUCACGACGCUCAACAAUGGGCCAAGAGUAAUAAUAGCAACCCCAAAAUACCGUCAAGACGCCGAGGAUAAUCAAAUAAUCGGUUCGGUUAACUAUGCAACCACAUCAACUAGAGGGUGGCAAGAAUCCACAUCAAGGUCAAGAUCCUCAAUAUCAGCAGCAACAUCACCAUCAACAGCAACAACACCAACCACAACACCAACAUUACCCAAUUCAACCGCGACAGAUUCAGCACGCGCCCCCACCAUCUUUUAUUAUCCAAGCGGACGAAGGCCAUAUUCCAGUGACCCUACCAGUGAACGUAAUCUCGAAUCCCGUAACCAGCCAAGCAGGCCCUCCGCCAAUCCCAGUAAUGCCCCCAGCUGGUGGUGGCGUUGUAUACCAGCCCCCAUCGCCUUCGUUCACUCCUCCUCCGCCAAUUGUCGCUGUUGAUUCUCCCUCUAACGGCAACCGGUCAGGUCCACGACACAGACCUAAGGCGUCCCGCCCAUCUUUGGCAGACGAAGCUAAAGAGGCGGUCUUGGGUGGCAUAUCCCAAACAAAGAAGUACUUCCAACAACACAGCAACCAGCAACGACAAAGCCUUUUGGUCACGGAAUCGAAGCAGAACGGCAUGCACAACGGCAGUAUAAGCGGAAAUGUCGGUGUAAUUGGAGCUGAUGAGUCAGACAAUGGAAUUGGAUUGUGCGGCUGGCUCCUGACUGCCAUUUCUUGGGGACUGGUGAUUGUCACACUGCCAUUCUCCCUCUGUGUUUGCUUCAAGGUUGUUCAAGAAUACGAGCGGGCAGUCAUAUUCCGACUCGGUCGAUUGUUAUCCGGAGGAUCCAGAGGUCCAGGCAUAUUCUUUAUCAUGCCUUGCGUUGACAACUACACCAAGGUGGACCUGAGAACAACUGUCAUUGACAUUCCCCCUCAAGAGGUGCUCACCAAGGAUUCUGUGACGGUCUCCGUGGAUGCGGUCGUCUAUUAUCGAGUGUCAAAUGCCACGGUGUCCGUGGCCAAUGUGGAGAAUGCGCACCACUCCACACGACUUUUGGCACAAACCACCCUACGAAACAUCCUGGGUACCAAGAACCUUCACGAGAUCCUCAGUGACCGUGAAAGCAUCUCCGGGUCCAUGCAGACUGUCUUAGACGAGGCCACCACUGCUUGGGGUAUCAAAGUGGAACGAGUGGAAAUAAAAGAUGCUCGUCUACCGGUUCAACUUCAAAGAGCCAUGGCUGCCGAGGCUGAGGCCGCUCGAGAAGCCAGAGCUAAGGUGAUUGCCGCCGAAGGAGAGCAAAAGGCGUCUCAAGCUUUAAAAGAAGCGUCCAUAAUCAUUUCGGAAUCCUCUUCAGCUCUACAACUGCGAUAUUUACAGACCUUGAAUUCGAUUUCGGCGGAGAAGAAUUCGACGAUCAUUUUCCCGCUUCCAAUUGACUUCAUCUCCCAUUUCCUCAAGGACAAGGGUUCGGACAACAAGAAGAAGGAUUAAGGUGGACAGACCUCCCUCGACCAUCUUGUUCAUUAUGGUUCUAUGAACUCCCCAAUAAAAAUUUAUAUACGGACUCACGAUCUCUGCAUUCGCUCAAUAAUGGACUGUGUAGUACCGCCCGCGUAAUAUGAAAAUUAACUCCAAUAAUAUGAAACCCCCGCCCUUUCGUCUACUACAUACAAUGGAGGCCUGGAUUUGUUCGUGUCCACAUCGAUCUCUGCUCAGUCGAGCGAGUGAAUCAAGGAUGAUGAUUAAAUGUUUGUGCUGCGUGUACGUAGGUAAAUGAGUGCAUUCGGACGAUUUCAAGAAGAGUGCAGCCAUGAUAACGACAACAGAAAAGACCCCACCACCACCACCACGAAAUGGGCGAGUAUUCAAGAUUAUGUUUCCGAAUGAGAACACAAUUUAAAUAUCACCAUCAUCGCUAGUACUCCAGCUAUCCGUUUCUAACCAAUUCUUGAUAACCAAGCAUUAUUGAAAUUCGUUUGUUGUCAUCAUCAUAGAACAGUAAUGAUGGUAAUGAUGAUGAUCAUAAUGACCAUCCCUCUUCCCUCUUCAUAAUUGCAGCAAUUCCGUUUUAGACGCACCACGUUUCUGUCUCUCUCAAUCAAUGAAAUAUGCCAUCUUUUGGAUUGGAAUUUAUUUCAUAGUAACAUAGAGAGACUUGUAGCUGAUACUAACGAUCAAAAUACCACUAUUAUUAAUAACCACAAUAAUCAUUAUCAUUAUUACUAUCAUAACGAUGAAACUGCUCCUAAUAUUAUGGUUAUUAUCAUCAUUAUUCUUACUGCUAUUAUUCUGAUCAAUGUAGUCAAAUGUUAUUGGAACAUAAUUUGAAAUAAAAGCAAUAUUCCUAUCUAGAA